AUGGGAGGCUCCGUCUUUACCGCGGGCGACAAGCCUCUCAACACCCCUCGAAUGCCUCCCGAGGUCUACGAGCGCGUCAAGGCCGAGUGCCACGCUGCUCUUAGAAAGAUUUACCUCUGCGUCGCUAGCCCCAUCGAAGGUCCAGCCAAGAAAGACUACGGUGAUAUCGACAUCCUGGUUGCCUUGGAGAGAUCCAUCGUACUGGGGGACUCCCAUUCAGAUUACCCGCCCUUUGGAAAAGACGGGAAGAAGGACGCCUGCAAGGCCAUUCAAGAAGCUAUAGGGGCACCAUUUCUCAAAGUCGAGAAGCAAACCGACCAUUACGCCGUUCGAUGGCCUGAUACCGGCACUGUGGCAGAGGGAGAAGACACCUCGACCUCAACUUCCGGGCGAUACUGCCAGAUUGACAUCGCCAUCUGCGACAACUUGGAACAACUGCAUUGGAAGCUGUUUAAGCAUGCUCAUGGAGACCUUUGGAGCAUCCUCGGCACAAUCAUCCGACCAUACGGCCUCACGGUAGAUGAAGAGUCUCUAUGGGUGCGUAUAGUCGAGAUGGAGAAGUUCGACAGGAAGAGAGCUAGAGUGCUCCUCACGCAGGAUCCUUACGAAAUCCUUACUUUCCUUGGCUUGGCUGCCGACAGCCACAUCUGGGACUCAACGUUCGAAUCGCUUGAAGAUAUGUAUGAGUACGCCGCCACAUGCCGCUUUUUCUGCUCUCUUCCUCCCUCAAACCAGUCAUCGCCAGCAGCACCCGCUACUCCUACGCGGACUGCCUCACCCUCAACCACAAUGUCGACCAAGUCUCCCGCAAGCUCGAGCUCACUUCCACCUCCUACGCCCGCAAGUUCCGUUCCCUCAUCGAGAAGUCAAGCCUCGGUAUUGCCAGCUACGCCCUCAACGCGGACUCCUACUGUCACUGCCGACGUACAGACACCUGAGCCGAGCAAGAAGAAGCUGAACCACAGCGACAGGAAGCGCAUGACCUCCCGACAAGCCUACAGCGACUUCAUCAACAAGUUCAUCCCCCAGUGCCGAAAGGAGGGUCGGUUUACUCAGGUCCCGGGAACCAUCAUGUCGGUUCGCGCGGAGGCUUUCGAGAGAUUCCCAGGAGUCAAGGAGGUAUUCGAGACACGGCACACUGAAUUUCUCAACGACCAGGACAUUCUUACCAUCAUGGCAAAACUCAAAAGCAGUUGGAUCCCUGCUAUCGACACCACGGACCCCAAACCGUGCCAGUACCGCGGCUGUCAGAGCAAAGCUCUGAAGAGAAUUAUAUUCGAGGGCAACGACAGCUACGGCGGUAUCGUUCCAGAGGAGCCGCUCAAGGACAGAUUCGGCAGAUGGAAUGUCGACAGAGUCGAGCAGUUUGUCAAGAAGCACAUGGAUGCCAUCGGAAAGAUUGCCUACGAGCAGAAUCAGCAAGCAUAUGCCAAGCGAAAGCGACGGGAGGAGAGCGAGGAGCAGCACAAGAAGGACCCCAACGGCUGCAAUACGCCCAAGCUCACCGAGUCAGGGAAAUGUGAGGCAUGUGGGGGAGGUGCUUUGGAAGGGGUAGAGGCGUAA